CAUUUUCCCCUUUUAUUCGGCGCUUGGCUAGUUUCGAUUUCCCUGCAAAUCAACCGGUGUUGGGCGUUGGGUGUAUUUUGCCUCGGUGUUACUCGAGGGGGCCUCAUUUUUUUUCCAGCGAAUCUAUGGUGGUUCCUAAAGGUUCUAGACACUUUUUACACACAUUUUGCUGUUUGAGUGUGGAAGAUAACAAUGAAGCAUCUGCUGAAAUUGAAACCUUCAACUUCAUGGUGCAUGCUCAAUCACCAGAGAUUGUUGGGAAAUGCGAGAACAAUCUUCAGCAAAACUGGAAUAUGGAAUCCUCAAUUGUCAGUGGACACCAGGCUUGAAAUAGAGAAAUACUGGCAACCAUUGAUUCGGGAACAUGACAGACAGCAGGCAGAACUUGUUCAGUCUACACAGAAUGAAGACAAAGAGACAUUUUAUGCCUUAUCCAUGUUCCCAUACCCAAGUGGGAAUCUUCAUCUUGGUCAUGUGCGGGUUUACACCAUAAGUGAUGUCAUGGCUCGUUAUCAGAGAGCUAAAGGAAAACAGGUAAUUCACCCAAUGGGUUGGGAUGCCUUUGGUCUACCUGCUGAGAAUGCCGCCAUAGAAAGAAAUAUACACCCCAAAGAGUGGACCUAUAGUAAUAUAGCAAAGAUGAAAGAGCAGCUUCACAGUAUGGGUUUCAGCUUUGACUGGAGUAGGGAAAUCGCAACAUGUGACCCAUCAUAUUAUAAGUGGACCCAGUAUAUAUUUUUGAAGAUGUAUGAACAUGGUCUUGCCUUCCAGAAAAAGGUGCUGUGUUGCCAGUGCAAGCCAUUCACCCUGUGACCAAACAGAAAUUGAAAGUGGUUGUGACAGAUUCAGAACAUUUUUUCAAGAACAGAGAUGUCAUGUUGGGCAUACCAAGUGUCUCAGACAAUGCCCGGGAUGUAGCAGAGCAGCUGGGUCUAGAGUUCUUGGAAGUUCUAGAUAAAUCUCGUGAACGGCUUGUGAACUCUGAAGAGUUGACAGGGUUGACCAGAGAGGAGGCAAUGAAAGCGGUACAACAGAAAAUCUUGGACUUGGGUGUUGGUGGAGAACGAAUCAGCGAGCAGUUGAAUGACUGGCUCAUAUCCCGACAGCGCUACUGGGGAACUCCUAUUCCAAUCAUCCACUGUCCCCAGUGCAAGGUGGUCCCUGUACCUGUUGAACAACUGCCUGUAGAACUACCGCAGACAGGGAGGCUGGUCUCAAAGGGAGGGAAAUCCCCGCUAGAGGAGGAUACAGAAUGGCUGAAUGUCAAGUGCCCAAAAUGUGGAGGUCCUGCACAGAGAGAAACAGACACAAUGGACACAUUUGUAGAUUCAACGUGGUACUUUCUCCGCUAUCUCGACCCUCGGAAUGAUGAGCAGCCUUUUAAUCCCUCUAUAGCCAGAAAGUUCAUGCCUGUGGACUUGUAUGUUGGCGGGAAAGAGCAUGCAUUGCUUCACCUGUACUUUGCCAGGUUUGUGUGCCACUUCCUGCACUCCCUUGGCCUUUUGGAACAGCGUGAACCAUUUGUCAACCUGCUGACCCAGGGCAUGGUCAAGGGGGAAAGCUUUAGGGUGAAAAGCUCGGGGAAAUAUGUCCCUCCACACUAUGUGGACCUGUCAGGGGAAGUACCAGUGGAGGCAGGAACAGGAGAGGAGCUCAUAACUGAGUGGGAGAAAAUGAGCAAAAGCAAGCACAACGGUGUCAACCCAGAGGACGUUCUGGCUGAAUUUGGUGUUGACUCAACCAGGUUGUGUAUUUUAUCCAACGUGUCUCCAAUGUCAGACAGAAACUGGUCUAAAAUAGUGUAUACAGGUGUGGUGAAUUGGCAGCGUAAAAUAUGGGGUUUGGUCAGCAAUCUUCGGAAAUAUCGACUCGAGGGACCAGGUAACACAUCAGAUAUAAUUGAUGCUGAUCGUGACAACUGGGAGGCUAAGAUUGACGAAGCGAGGAACCAUGUCGUCAACAAUGUUAACUUCCAGUUUGAAAGAACUUUCCACAUCAAUGCUGGAAUCUCACGGCUGCACUCAUAUGUGUCAUGGCUCUCUAAAGUACCGAGAGAGGUGGCCAGAUCCAGCAGAGCCUAUGAGAGAGCUGUGGGUGACCUGGUGGUGAUGCUAGGAGUGAUGGCUCCUCACUUUGCCUCGGAGUUGUGGGUGGGGCUUGCCGAUGUGGCUCAGUACGACACACACAGCUGGAAUGAUGGUGUGUUAGAUCAAACUUGGCCGUCACUUGAUGAUGAUUUUAUGAUGCCGCUGACAUAUAAGGUGAAUGGAGUUCAGAUCUCGGAAGUUGGAGUUCCUUUUAACAAGUUUGAUGAGCUGGAUGAAGACAGUGCCUUCUCCCUGGUUUGUCAAGAUCCAGUGUACAGAGACAAAUUCAACUCGUUACUCAUUACAAGCAAAAAGUUCAGUGUGAACCAAGGUCAUAAAGCUACCCUCAGUUUGAGGAUUCCCGAUUAUGAUUUCGAUAUCAAAGCGUCAACCACUGCUGAGAAAAGAAAACAAAAAAAGAAGCUAAGCAAACAGAAGAAGAAACUGCACACUUUGUAAAGUAUUACAGUGUUUAGUUAUGUUUAUGUGAAUUAGAGCACAGGCAAGUGGAGAUAAUAGCUCCUCUGUCAAUGAUGACGAUGACCAAUACAGCCGCAGAGAAGAAUAUUUCUCCAGUGAAAUGUAAGAAUUUGAAGAAUUAAAGGUUGAGAUGACUUGUAGCUUCUGUUGUGGCCGAUGAUACCAGUUCUGGCAGAGAAAAUUUUGCCACAUUUUGAACAAUUAAUUGGUUCUACUUCCACUUGUGGAUGUGUGCAACGUGUGGGUUUCUCUUGGUUGCAGCAUUCCUCAAUCGUGAAGCCUCAUAUGAUGUGCCGUCCACUGUGACUGCUGCUCUCCAGCUGGGUCUGUCAGGAGCUUGGCUCUCCCAUGUCGAAGUAUUUAUGUUGAAGUCCUUCAGUUGAUAUAGUGUUAACUCACUGGAGACGUUUCAUGCAGCAUUUGCGAGCACCAAUAUUUUCCUGAGAGGCGGUUCUCGCACCCCCUGCGAGCACAAGUUUCGCGUUUUCUCCUCGGUAAAGUAUGCGCACAAAAGCUGUGUGAACUGUCUCUUACUGUGCAACCGACCUUUGUUUCAUUUCGUGCGAAGUUUCACAGUUCAGUUUUAGUAAGAGUUUUACGGCACUCGCAACGCAAUAAGGUCAUAUAAGUGCAGAAGAUUAGAUG